CUUCGAGAACGUAGAUCGAGCGCUGGAGGUCUCCAGGAAAGGUAGUAUUGGGCAUAGCCUCAGUUGAUGCACGCAGCACAGCCAAAUCUGCCACGCGUCAUGGGUCACAAAAGGCUCUGCUCUGCGUAUUCGGUAUGGGUAACGCAGCCAGUGCAGAUGCGCACAGAUUGCCUCUAACCGAAGACAUACUCCGGGUCAUCCUUGAGCAGAUUCCUCGUGAGGACCUCAAAUCCGCGUCGCUGGUCAACCGCGAUCUCGCCGCUGUGUCGCGUAGCUUCAUCCUUCGACAAUUCGUACUGAAUCUAGCGCACGAGGACAAGUGCCAGCGCAGGCUGGAUACGUUGCGUCUAUCGACAAGUGUCUCCCAGUAUGUGAAGGAGCUAUCAAUCGUAGGCGAUCUCGCGCACAAAAGGUGGUGGCAAUAUCUCGCGGAGGUUGAAGAUGGGCCGGUGACUAUGCAGGUCCAGGCUCUUGAAGAACUCCAACAGCACAUACAGAACGGUAUAUUCAAGGCUGGGCUCAAGCGUGUGAGGUGGGAUGCUGGCCUGGACAUGCCGGUCGCCUUGAUAGAAGCUAUACAAGUAGCAUUCCCAGAAUGCAGCUUCGUACUCGAGAAAUACGCAGGCUCAGCCCUCCCGCCUAUGCCCACUCUCGUAUCGCUCACGGCAACCGUACACUGCCACGGCGAUCCUCUUCUCAAUUUUCAGCCCAUAUUGCGUCAUGCAACGGGACUGCGUACUCUGCAGAUCUCAGCAUACAACCACACAGGCUGCGUCGUACGCGGUUAUACAGAGGCCGAAUUUGCAGCCCUCCCGAAACCAUUCCUGACGUAUGACCCGUCACAGCCGGUUUGCGGAGGCAGUGGUCCGAUGCUUCAAGACCUGGUCCUGGAGCGUUUCAGUUGGAGCGUGGAGGGUGCCGUCAGCUGUCUCGAGCAGAUGUCAUGGUCGCACCUGCGCAAGCUGGAGCUACGUCGCCGCGAUUCCGUCCCACUUCUCCAAGCCUGUGUCCCUGUCAGUUCUAACAUGCCAUUCCUCGAGGAAUUUGUAUACACGACGUGGUACGGAAGCGAAGAGACCCGUGCUGACAUUACGCAGGCGCUCCAAGACUUCUUAUCGAGUACCUCGGGACUUCAGGUUUUACACGUGGAAGGACCUCAUCAUCCUUUGGUCUCAACCAUCGUCGCGCACCACGGGGAGACCCUGCGUUCCCUUGUGCUGCACGAUCACGAACGUCGCGAUGAGCCCCAGCGAACGACACUGACUCUGGGGGGCCUUCGGCGAUUGGGCGAGAAGUGUCGCUCACUGCAUCAUCUCGGAAUCGACGUUGAUGCGGACUACACUGUUUCUCACACAGACUCAGAGGUGACUCUCCAUCAAUUCUGAUCAAAACUAGGGUCUGACAUUGUGGACGUACAGGCGGAGACAUUGACGACAUUCAUCAACUCCGCUGACUACUUCCCUGCUCUGCGCAAAUUGACUCUAUACACGCUGCUGGGGAUAACCAGGCUACCCAGCGCCUCGCAGGAUGAUCUCCGUAUGCUGGACCCCUUAGCGUACUCAAGGAACAUGUGCCCUUCAUGUUGAU